UUUUUGCGGUUCACGGUUGUCAUUUGCCAAACUUCAAAGUACGACGUUUUUUCAAGAAUAUUCUUAAAUUAUUCAUUAAUCUUUCAUUAUUUAGUGAUUAUUUAUUUGCGGAAAAGACCAUAACACUCCAACAAAAAUGAGUUGUCCAUUUAACGAAGAGCAGCUAACGCAGCUAAAUGCCUUCGUUGAGCUCUGUAAAGCCCAACCUCUCAUCCUCCAUCAUCCGAAAUUGGCAUUUUUCAAAGAUUAUUUGGUGUCACUCGGCGUCAUUUUGCCAACCGCUACCUUUGGUUCUAAGCCAUUUACAGCUUCUGGAGAUGGUCAUCCUCCUACAAGUCAUUUUGAAGAAAAUGCCGCUAAACCCGAGCAAUCCGAAGAGUCUGAUGCCGAAUCUGAUCUAGAACUUGAUAUGGAAGGAGUAAUAACAAGUGCAGAUUCAGAAGCUACUCAGGAAAUGGGAGAUCCAUCAAAAGAAGUAACUGACGAAGAGAGAGAUCAGUCUGAUGAGAAGCGCUCAGUGGCAAUGGAGGCUUUCUCAAAUCAGGAAUAUGAAGAAGCCAUUGCUUUAUACACAGAAGCUAUUAAACUAAACCCACAGAGUGCUUUGCUCUUUGCAAAAAGGGCUCAAGCAUUCCUGAAACAGAACAAACUGCAUGCAUGCAUCAAGGAUUGCUCCCAUGCAUUGGAGUUAAACUGUGACAGUGCAGCUGCUUACAAAUUCCGUGGCCGUGCCUAUAGGCUCCUUGGCUCUUUUGAAAAUGCCUCGCAUGAUCUUUGUGAAUCUCUUAAGAUUGACUAUGAUGACCAAGUCAAUGAAUGGUUGAAUGAAAUCAAGCCAAACGCUGAUAAAAUCCGUCAACACAAACUCAGUAGGCAGCGCAGGAAGGAAGACAAGGAGCACCGUGAGAAGCUGCGUCGCGCCCGCAAAGCGCAAGAGGCGCACGCCCAAACCGCAAAGGAGCAAGCGGAAGCCGCUGGAGGUAUGCCAACCCCGCCCGGAGGCAUGCCCUUCGACUUAACUAAACUGCUCCUCGACCCUGAGAUGAUGGCAUUAUUUAAGGAUCCAGAAGUAACCAAAGCGAUCUAUGAUGUUUCCUCAAACCCAGCUAAUUUCGUGAAAUACCAAAACAAUCCCAAGGUAGCAGCUGCGUUUGAAAUGUUCCAAAAGAAAUUUGGCGGACAAGGCAUCCCUCCGAAUUUCAUGGGCGGAGCUCCACCGGCUGGAGCCACAUCGAAGCCGUGUGACGAUGACGUAGGACUCGACUAAACACGGAAUUAAACUGAUGAAACUAUCUUUCAAUUCUUUCGAGAACUAUCUCAAACAUUCGAUUGUUUUAGGUUAUACUAGUCGUUUAUUCUUGUCCAAAAAAUGCAUUCUAAAUAAAAAAAUAUCUUAAUGUCUGUACUUGUUAAUGUACUAAGUAUAUUAUGUCGCAUUUUAUAGUCUAGUGUGUUAAAUUAAAAAUGAAAUAUUUGCAGUGUUCUAGAACUUACGAAAACUCGAUUAUUACAUACCUUAUAACCUAAUCAGCAGAACAACAUCGCAAAAUAUAAUAAGGCCUAAAAUUGCUUGUGCAUACACACUUUUUCACGUAUAUACUAAUAUCAUUACCUACAUGUUAUUGACUGUUGGCUAUCCACUAUUUUAUAAGGUUUCGUGAAAUAUGAAGUUAACUUUUAACCAUAACAACCGAAAUAGUAUCUUCGUGUAUUUGUGUAUGUGUACAAGUGAUUGAAUUUUAUGUUUUAAUAUGAUAUAUUUGAUGCAUUUAUAUAAAAAUAUAACUUUAAGUCAUGAUAUUAAAUAUCCUAUCAUUGUAUUAAAAAAUACGAAGUGCUUUAAUUGGCAGGUGCUCUGUAAAAGUCAUCAUUAUUUUGUUUAUUCAAAUUGUGCUUGUUUAUUUGCUACAUUGAUACUUCAAAUCUGCAAAUUAUGCAUUACAAAAUAUUUUAUUCAUUAGGUGUCUGUUAUAAAGUCUGAUUAUAUGUACCUUUAAAUUUUUGGUUUAUCAAUAAAUAUUUUUCAAUUAAA